GUCACCAUCUUCUUCUCUGACAUCGUUGGCUUCACCACUAUGUCAUGCGAUCUCGCGCCUGGGAAAAUCUCUGACAUGCUUGACCGACUCUACUCCGUGUUUGACCGUCUCUCACAUGAGCUCGGCAUUUACAAGCUUGAAACUAUCGGCGACGCCUACAUGGCCAUCACCAACCUCGUCGAGGAGCAGGAACAUCAGCACGCGCUCCUCAUCGCCAGGUUUGCUAUCGAAGCUCUCUAUGCCGCCAACUCGACCCUCAUCGACACAGAAGCACCUGAGAAAGGAUACGUCCAGAUCCGCGUCGGAAUCCACUCGGGCCCAAUCGUGGCCAACGUGGUGGGGACGAGGCGGCCUAAGUAUACUCUCUUUGGGGACACGGUGAACACUGCGUCGAGGAUGGAAUCGAACUCUCUCCCAAGCAAAAUCCACUGCUCUUUGGUCACAGCCAACUCGAACUACGACUGGGCGAAGGAGAUUGUGCUCCUACCGCGAGGAGACAUCGAGGUCAAGGGGAAGGGUUUGAUGAAAACCUUCUGGAUC